AUGGCCGCAGAACUUCUCACAAGGGAUAUCAAUAGCGCAUUGAGCGAUGCCAAUGCCCUCGCCUCAAUUCGUAAUGACGAUGCCCAACGCUGUCGUCUGCAAGCCGCUGCGACCAAGCUGAGUAUGGCCUUGGAAAGCCAAGGUGAUACCGUCAACAGAAUAAGACAGACUCCUUUGCAGCUUGCCAUGGCUAAAGUGGGCGUGGACACGCAUGUCUUUGAGAUCCUUACCCAGGCCAAACAAGACAACCACACCCUUUCGCACAAAGAGCUUGCUGCCAAGGCCGGAUUUGAGCCCAUCAUGAUGAAACGGGUUCUCCGUUAUUGGGGCUCCCUGGGUGUGGUUGCCCAGCUCGAAGAGGACAAAUGGACUGCAAAUAACGUCACCGAGGCUCUUGCAUCGGCUCAAGGGUGCACCGCGAUUACACACGGGUUCAAUUUCAAAGCCCCUGUUUUUAUGGCCAUUCCACCCUUUUUCAAGAAGCAUGGUUACAGACUGAUUACCGAUAUCGACGACACGCCUUUCCAGAUUGCUCACAACACCAAGCUCGACCCUUGGACGUGGGGCAAAGAAAGGCCCGAACGUUAUCAAGACUUUCUGGGCUGGAUGGAGCACGCGCGUGAUGGCAACCCGAGUUUUCUCGAUUCGCUGGACCUCAUGCAGUUCUUCCAAAACUCGAACCAAGACACGUUACUCUUUGUGGACGUGAGCGGUUCUAGAGGCUACGUAACCACAGCUGUGCGGGAGCGAUACGCCCACGUCCCCGGCCGCGUCUUCCUACAGGAUCAGCCCCACAUCAUAGAUCUGGUCAAUAAAGAAGCGCGACCGGGAAUCGAAACAAUCGAGACCCAGGGGCAUGAUUUCUUCACGGGCCCGACGCCUCUCAAGGGUGCCCGUGUAUAUUACCUUCGCAAUAUCUUGCAUGACUGGUCCGAUGAAAAGAGUCUCGAGAUCUUGUCAAGCGUAACCCUCUCCAUGGACCGAGACUCGGUGAUACUGCUCGAUGAGGUCGUCCUUCCCGAGCUCAACCCCCCCUGGCGGGGCACGCAGUUGGACAUGGAGAUGUUGACCCAUCUCGCCGGGGCGGAGCGUACCGAAGGCGAUUGGAGAAGGUUGUUGGACGCAGCUGGGAUGAAAGUGAUCAAGGUCACACCAUACUUUGAAGCGCGGGGCGAUAGUGUCAUUGAGGCUAGGCUGAAAUAG